AUGAGGUUUUUUUUUUUUACUAUUCCGUUCAAAUGAUUCAUUUAAAUGUCACAUGUCACACAAAUGUCACUGAUUAUAGCAUUUUAAUGAAAGAAUAUAGUCUGUGUUUAGUCGCUCUGCCAGAGCGGCAGCUAACGUCCGGUACUGGAAAUCACCUGUGACUGAUCCGCCUGUUUUUAAGUGUUUAAGCAAAGCGGUUUUCUCACACACACGGCGGUUCGACGUGGAUUCUGUCUUCCGGCCUAUCGUCCACUGCCGGUCCGCUUCCGCUGCAUAGGCGGGUUUACCGCCUCUCUGAUUCUUUCGCUUUCUGUUUGCACUCUUGUGACGCACACGAGUUUUCUCCCUCCGACUCAAAGGUAUGAAUCAGAGUGAGGAGAUGGAGGAGAAACUCCCUCCCUCUAGAACCAGCUUCUGUGGGGAACGUGAGAGCCAGACCAAAGCUCAGAGCCCAGAGCAGCAGCAGAGACCAGACUCUCCUGGAUCUGAACCCAGCUUCCUGUCCACCAAGAGCCAGCGGUCCAUGGAUCCACCGUUUAAAUUUAAAGACCAACUUCCUUCGGAGACUCACCCAGAGCAGCAGCAGAGACCAGACUCUCCUGGAUCUGAACCCAGCUUCCUGUCCACCAAGAGCCAGCGGUCCAUGGAUCCACCGUUUAAAUUUAAAGACCAACUUCCUUCGGAGACUCAGGUUAAGGAGCAAAGGUCACAGGUUCACCAUGGCCAACAGCAGCAUCCAGCAGACCUGGGUCUCAUAUUUACGGAUGUUAGGAAGGAAAUUCUCACAUUUGUAGAGAACCAGCUGACAAAGAUCCAGAAUGUUCUGAGUUCAGAUUACCCACAAUGCACAAAGUGGAAUGAGGGUGAGGAAGUGGUGGACGGCAAGAAGAGAGAGCUGAGGAAGAACAGCACAGAGGCACAUCUGAACUUCAUACAGCAUUUCCUGAGAGAAGCUAAUCAGGAGGAGCUGGCUGACUGUCUGCAGAGCAGAACUAUCGGUGCAGUUGGUCAACGUCAACUGAAAUCUAAGCUGAAGGAGAAGUAUCAGUGUGUGUUUGAGGGGGUUGCUAAAGCAGGAAACCAAAUUCAUCUGAAUCAGAUCUUCACAGAGCUCAACAUCACAGAGGGAGGGACUGGAGAGGUCAAUGAUGAACAUGAGGUCAGAAAGAUUGACACAGCAUCCAGGAAACCAGCCACACGAGAGACAACAAUAAGAUGCGAAGACAUCUUCAAACCUUUACCUGGAAGAGAUAAACACAUCAGAACAGUGAUAACAGUGGGAGUGGCCGGCAUUGGGAAAACAGUCUUAACACAGAAGUUCAGUCUGGACUGGGCUGAAGACAAGGCCAACCAGGACAUACAGUUCACAUUUCCAUUCACCUUCAGAGAGCUGAAUGUGCUGAAAGAGAAAAAGUUCAGCUUGGUGGAACUUCUUCAUCACUUCUUCAUUGAAACCAAAGAAGCAGGAAUCUGCAGGUUUGACAAGUUCAAGGUUGUGUUCAUCUUGCAUGGUCUGGAUGAGUGUCGACUUCCUCUGGACUUCCAAAACAAUGUGACCGUGACUGAUGUUACAGAGUCCGCCUCAGUAGACGUGCUGCUGACAAACCUCAUCAGGGGGAGACUGCUCCCCUCUGCUCUCCUCUGGAUAACCACACGACCCGCAGCAGCCAAUCAGAUCCCUCCUAAGUAUGUUGACAGGGUAACAGAGGUCAGAGGGUUCACUGACCCACAGAAGGAGGAGUACUUCAGGAAGAGAUUCAGAGAUGAGGAGCAGGCCAGCAGGAUCAUCUCCCACAUCAAGACAUCCCGAAGCCUCCACAUCAUGUGCCACAUCCCAGUCUUCUGCUGGAUCGCCGCUACAGUUCUGGAGGAUGUGUUGAAAACCAGGGAGGGAGGAGAGCUGCCCAAGACCCUGACUGAGAUGUACAUCCACUUCCUGGUGGUUCAGUCCAAACAGAAGAACAUCAAGUAUGAUGGAGGAGCUGAGACAGAUCCACACUGGAGUCCAGAGAGCAGGAAGAUGAUUGAGUCUCUGGGAAAACUGGCUUUUGAGCAGCUGCAAAAAGGCAGGCUGAACUUCUAUCAAUCAGACCUGGCAGAGAUUGGCAUCGAUAUCAGAGCAGCCUCAGUUUACUCAGGAGUGUUCACACAGAUCCUUAAAGAGGAGAGAGGGCUGUACCAGGACAAGGUGUUCUGCUUCGUCCAUCUGAGUGUUCAGGAGUUUCUGGCUGCUCUUUAUGUCCAUCAGACGUUCGUCAACUCUGGAGUCAAUCUGCUGUCAGAAAAACAAUCACAGACCCUCGGGCCUCAACAAUUAAACAAAUUUGCACUACAACAUUUCUACCAGAUUGCUGUGGACAAGGCCUUACAAAGUCCAAAUGGACACCUGGAUCUGUUUCUCCGCUUCCUCCUGGGUCUUUCACUGCAGACCAAUCAGAUUCUCCUGCAUAGUCUAAAUACACCCAUAGGAAGUAGCUCACAGACCAAUCAGGAAACAGCGGAGUACAUCAAAAAGAAGAUAGAAGAGACUCAGUCUGCAGAGAGAAGCAUCAAUCUGUUCCACUGUCUGAAUGAACUGAAGGACCAUUCUCUAGUGGAGGAGAUCCAACAACACCUUUGUUCAGGAAGUCUCUCCACAGAUAAACUCUCUCCUACUCAGUGGUCAGCUCUGGUCUUCAUCUUACUGUCAUCAGAAGGAGAUCUGGAUAAGUUUGAUCUGAAGAAAUACUCUGGUUCAGAGGAGGCUCUCCUGAGGCUGCUGCCAGUGGUCAAGGCCUCCAACAAAGCUCUGCUGAGUGGUUGUAAUCUGUCAGAGAGAAGCUGUGAAGCCCUGUCAUCCAUUCUCAGCUCAAAGUCCUCUAGACUGAGAGAACUGGACCUGAGUAACAACGAACUGAAGGAUUCAGGAGUAAAGCUGCUCUCUGCUGGACUGGGAAGUCCACACUGUAAACUGAAAACUAUCAGGUUGUCCGGCUGUCAGGUCACAGAGGGAGGCUGCAUGUCUCUGGCCGCCGCUCUGAGAUCCAACCCCUCCCAUCUCAGAGAGCUGGACCUGAGCUACAAUCAUCCAGGAGACGGAGGAGUGAAGCUGCUGUCUGCUGGACUGGAGGAUCCACAAUGGAGACUGGACACUCUCAGACUGGAACCUGAUGGAAAGCAGUGACUGAGACCUGGUCUGAGGAAGUUUGCUGUGUAGAGAUGGUCUGACCGGGCGCCGUUACUGGGAGGUCGAGUGGGAAGGAGAUGUUCAAAUAGCAGUGAGCUACAGAGGAAUCGUAAGGAAAGGAAAACGUUUUGACAGC